AUGACUGCAAAACGGUUUGAGAACAAGGUGGCAAUUAUCACAGGUUAGUUUAGAUAGUAUUCUUGUUUUUAAAAAUAUUCUCAUUGAAAUACAUUAGGAUCAUCAAAUGGAAUCGGAAGAGCAACUGCAUUAUUAUUUGCGGAAGAAGGAGCUCAAGUUACAAUAACUGGAAGAAAUUCUGAAAGAUUGGAAGAAACUCGAAAACUUCUAAUUGAAAAUGGAGUUCCUUCAGAAAAUAUCAAUUCUGUGAUUGGAGAUAUUACGGAAUCUGAAGUUCAAGAAAAGUUGAUAUCUUCGACAAUUAAUUCAUUUGGAAAGAUUGAUAUUCUUGUGAAUAAUGCUGGCGCUUUGAUUCCUGAUAAAUUGGGAAACGUGGGAAUUUUUCAGAAUGUUCAAAUUCUUGAUGAUAAUUUCAAUUUGAAUGUUCGCAGUGUUGUUGAAUUAACACAAAGAGCAUUUGAAUAUCUUGAAGCAUCUCGUGGAGAAAUUGUAAAUGUUUCAAGUAUUGCAUCUGGUCCACAAGGACAUUCUGCUCAUAAUUAUUAUUCAAUUUCAAAAGCUGCAAUCGAUCAAUUGACUAGAAAUCUUGCACUUCAAUUUAUUCCACAUGGAAUUCGUGUAAAUUGUGUCAAUCCUGGUAUUGUUUCAACUGGAUUUUUUUCUGCGUUAGGUUUGAAUGAUGAACAAAUUGGAUUGGUUAGUAAUUUAGAAAUAUUCAUGAAAUUUCAUAUAUUUUCCUACAGUUCACUGAAUCAAUGACAUCAGAUCCAAGUAAAAUUCCAAGUGGAGAGAUGGGAAAACCAGAAGAAAUUGCCAAAUUGAUUGCAUUUUUGGCUGAUCGUAAUUCAUCUUCUUAUAUUAUUGGACAAACAAUUACAAUUGAUGGGGGAUCAACUUUAGUUAUGGGAAUGUUGGCUGGAAAUUCCAAUCUUGGAAAAUCAUAA